AUGGACAAGCCGACCACCAUCUCCGAUGCACCAUCAGACAUGUACUUGCUUUUUGUCCUCCGUCGCUUGUUGCCACACACGGCGAAUCCUUUGCUGCGUGAAUCCUUCUCAAACAGACUCAUCAUCAAGCCAAAGCUCGGGUUGAAAUCGUCGAGGUAUUCUACUCCAGUGUACGCCGAACUCUCCGCUUCCGUUUUCACCGGGUCAAUCAACGAUCCAUCGGUCCAACUCUACACCUAA